AUGGGCGAGCAUAACCUCCUUAAUCCCGGGUUUGUGGGACCAUUGGUAAAUAUCCACACCGGAGAUACCUUUUACCUCCCCAACUUCCGUGCGUCCACGGGACAACUGGCGGGUCUACCUUCUCUUCCUUAUCCAAGAAGGGACAAUGUCUGCUCCCUCCCUUGGACCCCAUCGGAGCCAUGCAACGGAUACCCCCAAUCUUACUUUGGCAGCCCCGUAUCCCUGAAUCCCUCUUUCAACCGAGCGUGCGAGAUAACGCGUCAGGAAGAUAGCAAAUGUUUUUACAGCAAUAAUGGCGGGAGUGGCGGUGGUAACCGUGAGCACUGUGCCGAGAGCGUCAACCUUAAACGUGAGGUGAGGGCACGGGGGGAGCCUUCCAUCUCCAUAGCGGCAGAUCAGGGACUGCAUAACCACGGCAUGACCAACAACGGCAGUUUUUCCAAGUACGACUACGGAACCACUUCCGCUACUGAGCAUUUGACACAAGACCCUCCGUCCUGUCAGUCUCUUGAAUCGGACUCUGGCUCCUCGCUGCUCAAUGAAGGGGGCAAAACCCCAUCUGGCAUCACGCACUCACUGACGUCCCCUGGCAUCCACGCAGGCGGCGCAGCUUCGGGCGGAGGUGCACCAUGGUACCCCAUGCAUACAAGAACCCGUAAGAAGCGCAAGCCCUACUCCAAACUCCAACUGGCCGAAUUAGAGGGUGAGUUUAUGCUCAACGAGUUCAUCACCCGCCAGCGGCGAAGGGAGCUGUCUGACCGACUCAACCUCUCCGACCAACAAGUUAAGAUCUGGUUCCAGAAUCGACGGAUGAAGAAAAAGAGAUUGUUACUUCGGGAACAAGCUUUAUCUUUCUUUUAG